AUGGGAGAUGGAGUACAAAGGCGUAGAUGGAUGUAUUUGUGGAUUGCCUCUUUGCUGCUUUGCUUUGCCGACCAGUCUUCGGCCCAGAUAAGGUACUCUGUUCCAGAGGAGGUGAAAGAGGGAACCAUUGUAGGAAACCUUGCUAAGGAUUUGGGUCUUGAUAUAAGUUCUUUGAUGAACAGACGGCUGCGUAUAGUUUCAGGACCCGGACAAGCACUGUUUGAAGCUAAUCAGGACAAUGGCGUCUUGUACGUUCAAAGAAAAAUCGACAGGGAGGAGGUAUGUGAGGAAUCUAGCGCCUGCUUAAUAAAUGUGAAAAUUGCCUUUGAAAACCCUUUAGAAAUUCACCAUGUUGUAGUCGAAAUAACAGAUAUCAACGACAACGUCCCCAGUUUUUCUCAAACGCAUCAGCAUUUUGAGAUAGCUGAGCAUACUUCUAUAGGAACAAGCUUCCAGUUGCACGCAGCACGUGACGAGGACACAGCACCAAAUUCGGUUCGCAAUUAUAAAUUAAGCCAGAAUGCUAACUUUGAAAUCGAUACCAAAAAUAGUGACGGAGAUAAAAUUCCAUUUUUAGUUAUAAGGAAGCCACUUGAUCGUGAACACAUUGAGGAUUAUUGGUUGGUUGUUACAGCGGAAGAUGGUGGAAAUCCCCCGAAAACAGGUACCCUGAACAUUAACGUUAAAGUACUUGACAUAAAUGAUAAUCGUCCUGUGUUCAGUCAACACGAAUAUUCCGUGACAUUACAGGAAAAUGCUCCACUUGGUACCGUUGUGAUUAAAGUAAAUGCAACUGACAGUGACCAAGGCUCCAACGGCAAUAUUGAAUACGCAUUCGUCAAAACUAUGAAGCGUAAAGUCUAUGACAUUUUUCAAAUAGAUGGCAUUACAGGCGAAAUUCGAGUUAAAGGUGAAGUUGAUUUUGAGGACAUGGAGGUUUACAAGAUAGAUAUACAGGCUUCAGAUAAAGGACAGCCUCCUCUCACAGUGGACAGUAGAGUAAUCAUUAAGAUUUUAGAUAUGAAUGAUAAUAAACCAGACAUCGAAGUGACGUCGCUUUUAAGCGUUGUUUCAGAAGACGCAAUUUCUGGCACAGUUAUUUCUUUUAUCAGCGUCUCAGAUAAAGACUCCGGACUAAACGGAAAUGUCGUUUGCUCUCUAGCAGGUAGUGUUCCUUUUGAACUCAAAGCAUCCAUUCAGGAAAAUAUGUAUUCAUUAGUAACAAAACAAAACUUAGAUCGAGAGAUAAUAGCAAAUUAUGAUAUCAUUAUAACAGCCACGGAUUUAGGCCAUCCUCCUUUAUCCACUGUUAAAACUUUAUCCGUGCUAGUAUCAGAUGUAAAUGAUAAUAGACCGCAGUUUUAUCAACAUUCUCUUGAACUGUACUUGCUUGAAAAUAAUGCUCCCAGUGCUUCAAUUUUUCAAGUGAACGCCUUUGACAACGACUCUGAUGAAAACGCUCAGCUGUCAUAUCACAUUAUCAGAAAUAGUGGAGCCCAAAACGAUAUGAAAUCAUUCCUAAAUAUUAAUUCUGAAACUGGAGUUAUUUACGCGUUAAAAAGUUUUGAUUUUGAAAGAACAAAAACGUUCAAGUUUCACGUGCUCGCUACAGAUUCUGGAACUCCAUCGCUAAGCAGCAACGUCACUGUGAACGUGUUUAUUAUGGACCAGAACGACAACUUUCCUGUGGUAUUAUAUCCAGUCAGCGCUAACGGUUCUGUUGAAGGUGUGGAGGAGAUUCCUCGCAAUGUCAACGCAGGACAUUUGGUGACUAAAGUGAGAGCCUAUGACGCGGAUAUUGGAUACAACGGCUGGUUAUUAUUUUCACUGCAGGAAGUGAGUGACCACAGUCUAUUUGGUUUGGACCGAUAUACAGGACAGAUAAGGACCCUCAGACCAUUUACAGAAACAGAUGAGGCUGAACAUAAACUGGUCAUUCUAGUCAAAGACAAUGGAAAUGUUUCACUUUCAGCAACAGCAACUGUGAUCAUUAAACUUGUUGAGCCCAAAGAGGCGAUUGCCGCUUCUGAUGUUAAAAACGCAGUAAAAGAGGAGGGAGAAAAUGACGUUACAUUUUAUUUGAUUAUUACUUUGGGUCUUGUUUCAUUUCUUUUUAUUAUCAGCAUUAUUAUGCUGAUUGUAAUGCACUGCUCCAAAUCUACAGACUACUCUUCCAAGUAUUUACAAGAUACAAAUUACGACGGGACAUUGUGCCACAGCAUCCAGUACAGAUCUGGAGAUAAACGUUACAUGUUAGUUGGACCCAGAGCAAGUAUUGGUUCUACCAUAGUUCAAGGGAGUAAUGCGAAUACUCUUGUGAUACAAGAUCGCGGGAGGCGAACAUCUGUUGAGGCCUUUGGAAGCUUGGUGGCAGUGUUAAACAAUGAGAUAUUUUUUGGCUGGAACGGCCCCUUUUCUGACGUUCACACUGACACUUUGCAGAGCAAAGGCGAUGUGCUCAUAUUGACUGUUUAG